AUGAACUUGUACAUUAUCGUUCUUCCUCUUCCAAUCCUGUUCAAGCUUCACUUGGUCGUUUCAAAGAGACUGCAACUUAUCGCUGUAUUUGCGACAGCGAUCGCCUCCAGGGGUGUCGUUGCUAGUAUUGUGGACCUCGUCUACUGUGUCGAGCUUUUGGACUUGGAAGACGGAACCUGGAGAGAGGCUUGCGUUUCCAUUACGACCAUCUUCGAGACUGACGUCCCCAUCAUCGUCGGCUCUAUGCCCUUCUUCUCCACCUUCCUCAAACUGCAUGUGGCGCAGUCUGAUAGCGUCCAGGCCUUGUUGCCUCGGUUCAGUAACAAAAGACAGGACGCCUCAACCUUCCCGAGCGAUCCUCCUGCACCCCCACGAACAUUUGAGUCUUCCGAGCCCAAGAUGCACCCUUACUACAAACUCAGCGAGUCUGCUCUGCUGAAGUCUCGGUGCACAGCAAGCGGAGAUGUGUUGCCCACGAUGAACAACUCAGAAAACACCAUCAUGCGAAUGGUCGGUAUCUUUCAGCAAACCCACGCCCAGCCGCGGCAAAGUCCAGUGUGA